CUGCUCAUAAUUGCCUUUUGCAUUUUGCAGAAAAUGAAUCAAAUGUGUUAAACAAAACACUCGCUCAGUAAUUAACUGUCAGGCACACAGGAGUUAACACACGGCGGCAGAUUCCAUAUUCUCAAAUAAUUAACCCGCUCCGUUAUCUACUCAAAUGAUAAAGUAGACUUUACACCACAGCGAUGGGAGAUCUUUGCACAACAUGUUAAUAGCCUGCCCGUGCAAGCUGAGUCACAAGCCUCUCAUCUAUAGGACAAACAAGGGCCACAAGGGCGCUACUCUUGUACUCAUAGGCUUCUGCAAAGCCCCUCUUCAGCUCUCCGCUGGGUUUGAGGACGUUAGUAUGUAGCUUGGCUUUACACCUCUGAUCAUCAUGUCCAAAGGGUUUUGUGUGUCUGCUCUGGGGCUGCUGGCCUGGCUGUGGUUCUGCUGCCCGGGGCCGACCGUGGGAAGCAAAGUGCUGGUCAUGCCUGUGGACGGUAGCCACUGGCUCAGCAUGAAGGUGCUGGUGAAUGAGCUCUCGCGGAGGGGACACGAAAUAGUGGUGCUGGUGCCCGAGACCAGCAUCCUCAUUGGAGAAUCUAAAAGCUACCAGGCAAGAACCUUCAAGGUGCCUUACACCAAGGCAGAGUUGGACGGCAGCAUUGACAACAUCAAGGAUGCGGUGUUCCAGAAGAAGCCCGAGUUCUCCGACAUAUUCGCCACAGUGCAGAGACUGAUCACUUUCACCAGCAUGCAGGUGAAGGGCUGUGAGGCUCUGCUGUACGACCAGCCACUCAUGCAGCAGCUCCGCAGCGAAGGCUUCGAGCUCCUGCUCACAGACCCCUUCCUGCCGUGCGGCUCCAUCAUUGCAGAGGCGUUCUCGCUGCCAGCGGUCUACUUCCUGCGUGGCAUGCCCUGUGGCCUUGACUACAGUGCGGCCCAGUGUCCCUCGCCAGUGUCCUUUGUCCCUCGCUUCAUGUCAGGAUACAGUGAUGUCAUGAAUUUCCCUCAGAGGGUGAAGAACAUGAUUUUGACUGUGAUGGAGUCAUACCUUUGUCGUUUGCUUUAUGCCAGUUUUGACGAGUUGUCCAGUAGGUAUCUGGAGAAAGACAUCACCUACAAGGACCUUUUGGGUCACGGGGCUAUCUGGCUGCUGCGGUACGACUUUACCUUCGAGUAUCCAAAGCCACUUAUGCCCAACCUGAUCCACAUAGGGGGAAUUAACUGCGCAAAGACAAAUCCUCUACCUGCGGAGGUGGAGGAGUUUGUGAGUGGAUCUGGUACGCAUGGCUUCGUGGUCUUCACCCUGGGCUCUAUGGUGUCCCAGAUGCCAGAGGACAAGGCCCAAGUGUUCUUUGAGGCAUUUAGGCAGAUUCCACAGAGGGUUUUGUGGAGAUACACUGGACCUGUGCCUGAAAAUGCCCCAAAGAAUGUCAAACUCAUGAAGUGGUUGCCUCAAAAUGAUCUACUAGGUCACCCUUUGGUCAAGGCUUUCAUCACACAUGGAGGAUCUCAUGGCAUCUAUGAGGGUAUACACAAUGGAGUGCCCAUGGUCAUGCUCCCACUGUUUGGUGACCAAGCUGACAAUGUGCAACGCAUGGUUGCACGUGGUGUUGCUGAGUCUUUGACCAUUGCCGGCGUGACCACACCCGAACUUUUGGAAGCCCUCAACAAAGUCAUCAAUGACACGAGUUACAAGGCAAAUAUGAUGAAGCUUUCAGCCGUGCACAGGGAUCGUCCGAUUGAACCUCUUGACCUGGCCGUCUUCUGGACCGAGUUUGUCAUGAGGCACAAAGGAGCGGAGCACUUGCGCCCAGCUGCUCACGAGCUGAACUGGGUCCAGUACCACAGUCUUGAUGUGAUCGCACUGCUAACAACCGUUGUGCUCACUGUGGUUCUCGUGGCAGUUAAAAGUUGCAUGUUCUGUGUGAAGAAGUGCACUGGAAACAAGACUAAAGCAAACAAAAACAAAAACAAGAAAGAGUAAUUGAGGGGUUUUAUUUGUGAGUGAAGGUGAAUAGCACUGGCAAAGGGAAAAAACACAGCCUACCUCCUUAUUAUUGCCUGGCGUGUUUGGAGAAAAUAUUUGACAGUGAAAAUAUGGGGAAUUUCUACUGUAGCUACUGUUUGGUUGUAUGGGGCCGAGGGGUUCUUCUAAUCAAUAAAUGCUGUUGACAAUGGGUGUUUAUUGAAGACUACUUCUAUAUACUGUAUGAUGAUUGUGCAGUAGUCUAUAUGAAGAAAACUUGGUAUGAAGACAAUAAAAAUUGACUACAUUACCCACAA